AUGGCAAAUGGAGGUGAGAAAGUGAUAGAAGAGGUGGAGGACCUGUACGUGGACUUGAAUGGGACAAUAAGUGCUGAUCAACUGGAAAAAGCAGGACCUAUCCAAGUGGUAGGAGCAGAAACUAAAUCCCCCAUUAUUCAAAUUGGAAAUAACUUCUUCCAGGGGAAGUAUAAGGAAUCCCUUGGUACUCAUGUGUUCUUUGAAGAGACUCAACCUCCUCCUUCAACUGAUCCUUUGAAGCCAAUCUGCACUGAGUUCUUCCUGCUGGUGAUCCCUUUCCUUCUCAUCAUCACCACAGAAGUAAACAACUUGCGACAAUGGCUCUCCUUUCUUUUUGCUGCUGCUAUAUUUGAUCUAUUGUACAAUACCAAGCCAAAAAAGACUCUCAGUGAGGAAUUUCAGGAAUUCCUGAAGCACCCUGCCCCUCAGGGUUCAUUGACCUGGGUGACGAACUUGAGAGUUGUGACAAACUUGACAACAUGCAUUUGCAUACUAGCAGUGGAUUUCCAAAUCUUUCCUCGACGCCUGGCCAAGACAGAAGAGACAGGCUUCAGCCUCAUGGAUGUUGGGACUGGAGUCUUUGUCCUGGCAAAUGCUAUUGUGUCCCCCUCUGUCUCAUUCUCUGCUUCAUCACCUAGUUCCUCUUCCAACAAGUACCGAAUAUGGAAGGUAAUGAAAAGCUCUGCUAUCCUAUUGGCCUUGGGCUUUGUGAGAUUUCUGACAACAGAAGCCAUUGACUAUCAGAAACAUGUUACAGAAUAUGGUGUCCACUGGAAUUUCUUCUUCACCCUUGCAGCUGUGAAGAGGGGUAGGGCAGCUGGGGGAGGAGUCCUCAAACCCCACCCAAGUGAUAUUGGGGGAGAAAAAUCAUACCUCCAAGGGGGUACCAAGCUUCAUCCCAGGAUGAUAUCAGAGGUUGUGAUGAUACUGAUGGGGAGAGAGCAUGGGCUGAGUGUGGGCCUCAUGGUGCUUCUCCUCUAUGAGGCAUCACUGCAACUAUUUGGACUCCAGCAGUGGAUUUUGGGAUCCAGCCACAGACAAGGAAUCAUAAGUGCCAAUCGAGAAGGUCUUGCUUCUCUCUGUGGAUACCUGGGUCUGGCUCUCCUGGGUACCCGAAUUGGAGCAUGGGCCUUUCAGUAUAGAAAAGACCGGCUGGAAGAGUUGCUGUCUCUUAUGAAGCUCUCACUUGUGACAGUGAGCUUGGGCUUCCUUCUUUUCUUCUUGCACACCACAGAGAUCUCCAUUGUUUCAAGAAGACUUGCCAACCUCUCCUAUUGUCUCUGGAUUGUGGUAUUCUACACAUCUUACUUGUGUCUGCUUUGGAGUGUCGACAUACUUCUGGCCUUCUGUGAUCUUCUUCAUGGGAAAGGAGGAGGAAGGGGUGGGAGGAGACACAUGCCCUGGUUGAUAGAGGCCAUGAAUGGAAAUGCCCUGCUCAUGUUCCUCUGGGGAAAUCUCCUCACUGGUCUGGUGAACUUAACCAUGAACACAAUGGAAGUCCCACCUGGGUCGACCAGCAUCCAGGUGACGGUGAAGUCAGGGGGUUUAAAAAUGAUUCAGAUAGUGGACAAUGGACAUGGAAUUACUGUGGAAGACCUGGAGAUAGUUUGUCAUCGCUUCACUACCAGCAAGCUGAGGGAAUUCUCUGAUCUUAGCACAAUUUCAACCUAUGGGUUUCGUGGGGAAGCCCUGGCCAGCAUCUCCCAUGUUGCACAUCUCACUAUCACCACUCGCACUGCAAAGGAUCAAUGUGCUUUCAGGGCAGUCUAUGUAAAUGGAGAGCUACAGGGAGUGCCAAAAGUGUGUGCAGGAAAUGUGGGAACUCAGAUCCUGGUUGAGGAUCUGUUUUUCAACAUGAGUCAAAGAAAGAAUGUUUUGAAGAGUCCAACUGAGGAAUAUGCCCGCAUUGCAGAUGUGAUCACAAGAUAUGCCAUCCAUCAUGCUCGAGCUGGCUUCUCAUUGAAGAAACAUGGGGAAUCAUCGACAGACAUCCGCACUGCACCUGGCUCAACACCCCUCGACAACAUUCAGACCCUUUAUGGGAAAAGUGUGGCCAGGGACUUGUUGGCUCUCUCAUUUGUUAACAAAGAGCUGGACCUGAAGGCAACUGGAUAUGUGUCUAAGCCCAGCUUUUCCUCCAAGCGUUUUACCUUCCUCCUGUUCAUCAAUCAUCGUCUUGUUGACUGCUCAACCCUGAAAAAGGCAAUUGAGGGGAUAUAUUCUGGGUUCCUUGGCAAAGGGUCCUACCCAUGGGUCUACCUGAGCCUGGACCUAAAACCAGAGAACCUGGAUGUCAAUGUUCACCCAACCAAGAGUGAGGUCAUUUUCCUUCAUCAAGAGAAGAUUAUUCAACAAGUUGAACAGACCAUUGACACUCUCCUCAUGGGCUCUGGCUCCAGUCAGACAUAUUAUGCACAGACCCUCCUACCUAUCCCUGGAGAAGCCCUAAAAGGAGAUAUCAUGAAGGCAGGUUCCAGUGAAGAAGACAGUUUCAAAAAGCAGAAACCAAAUGCUCAUGAAUUGGUGCGCAUGGACAGUCGCUUGCAGAAGCUAGAUAAGUUCUUUGCUGAACCCUCCAACAAAACUGCAGAUACCAGCUCAAUAGCUGCAGAUGUAGCUCAGAUGAGUUCUCCAAAUUUGAGCCAAGCAGCUUCAUCAGUGACCACUGAGAAACGAGAGCAAAUGUCUCGUAAGACAGCUGGGGGAGGAUACAUAGGGAGAGACUUGCGGCUGGGAAGCAUUGCAUCCUUGCGGAGACAGGUGGAAGAGCGCUCUCAUGCUGGGAUACGAGCCAUGCUCCAUGAUCUCACAUUUGUUAGCUCCAUUGAUGAAUCUCUCACUCUCAUUCAACACUCCACCAAGCUGCUCAUUGCCAACACACGUAGGCUCAGUGAAGAGCUGUUCUACCAGAUCCUUCUCUAUGACUUUGCCAAUUUUGGUGCUAUGAAACUCUCAACCCCGGUGUCAUUGGAAGAUCUGGUGAGGCUGGGAUUGUAUGAAGAAACAGCAGUAGAAACAAAAGAAGGGGAAGAAGCAGAUGAUGAAGAAGGAACAGAAUCUCUGGUGACUCGAAUCACAGACAUUCUCACUUCAAGAGCAGCUAUGCUUGAUGAUUACUUUGCCUUAGAGGUGUCCCCAAACAAGGAACUUGUUUCCAUCCCUCUUCUCCUCGCUUCUAUCUUCCUAGAAAACUAUGUGCCCUGUUUGGAGGGCCUGCCCCGAUAUUUGGUGAGAUUGGCAACAGAAGUGGACUGGAGCGCUGAGAAGCCUUGCCUUCAGGGAAUCUGCCAUGAAACUGCCAGUUUCUAUGCCAAGAUGAAAAAAGAGAACUGGGAAUGGACGACGGAGCACGUAGUGUAUCCAGCCAUGCGCCAGAUGCUGUCUCCUCCCAAGAGCUUUGCUUCCGAUGCCACCUUCAUCCAAGUCGCUCAUCUUCCCGAUCUCUAUCGAGUCUUCGAACGAUGUUGAGUCUCAUCCAUAAUUUAUUAUCGUUCGUGUUUGUCAAAUGCAGGAUUCAAGUACAAACCGUUCAACAAUAUCACUUGGAAGAGCAGUGUUUUCUCUCGCGCUGGUUGCAUGAACAACGAAAACACGGACAAAACACGGGGGAAAAAUAAAACAAUGAAGUAUGCAAAAGAGAUUGCACAGACACGCACUCAGUCGUGGAAAUGCGCUCCAUUAAAGCCUCGGUUUGCAGGAGAAGUGGC